AUGACUACUGAGAGUACCCUUCAACAGGAUAUCUCUGAAAAACUGGGACCAAAGGGAAUAACUUUUAGUGGUUCAACCUUUAUUGUCCCUGAAACCCAGGAUAUGGUUAAGACUUUAUUUGAUCCAACAGUUAAAAAAUCAAAUUUAGAAUUAAUCAUAUUAGUUUGUUUAUUUGCAAAUUUAUCAGUAUUUUAUUUUAUUAAAGAUAAUUCUAUAAGAAUUAAUAUUUUUAUUUAUUUUUAUAUCUUUUGGAGAUUAUCUUAUAAUUUUGGUAUUGGUUAUUUAUUAUAUAAUCAAUCUAAUCAUAAUAGAUUAGUUGAAUGGUCAAAAAAUUUAAAAUUAUUUGAUCCUAAUUCAACUUCAUUCCUUUCAAAAUUUAUUCAAGCAGAAAUCAAAUCUCAAAGAGGUUCAAAAUAUGAUCUUUAUUCAUAUCCAAUAGAAUUUAAUACUUGGUUAAUCUUUAGAAAAGUUGUUGAUUUAAUUUUAAUGCUGGAUUUUGUAACUUUUAUCUUAGUAUUUUAUACUUGUGCUAUAAAUAAUAAUAAUCAAUUUAUUCAUAAUCAAGAUAAUUUAUUAAUUUAUUCAAGAUUAAUUAUUGGUGCUGGAUUAAUUUUAUUUAAUUUAUGGGUAAAAGUUAAUGCUCAUAAUACUAUUAAGGAUUAUGCUUGGUAUUGGGGUGAUUUCUUUUUCCGUCAAAUUAAUAAUGAAGAAUUAAUAUUUGAUGGAGUAUUUGAAAUGUUCCCUCAUCCAAUGUAUUCUGUUGGUUAUAUUGGUUAUUAUGGUUUCGCAUUAAUUGCAAAAUCUUAUACAGUAUUAAUUAUUGCAAUCUUUGGACAUUUCUUACAAAUGGUAUUUUUACAUUAUAUUGAAAAUCCUCAUAUUGAUAAAAUUUAUGGACCAUCUAAAAGUGAAAUUAGUUUAAUUAAAUUAUUAAAAUUAAAAGAUUUAAAAAAUUUUGAUUAUUUAAAACCUUUAGUUGGUUUAUAUAAUUUUAAUUGGCUUAGAGGUUCAGAUUUUGUAAAUAUUGUAUUGGUUAUUACUUAUGGAUUAAUUAUUCCUGCUUUUGCAAGUGCAUCAAAUAAUUUAGUUUGGAAAUUUGGUUCAUUUAAAUUAGAUGUAGUAUUUUUAUUAGCAGUGGCAAUAAAAUUAUUUGAAUCUAUUUCAAUUAAUGUUUUAUUAACUUUACAAAGUCAUUCAAAAGUAUUUACUAAAUGGUUCUUAGCUAAUGGUAUUCCAUUAGAAAAGUCUUUAAGUAAUUGGUCAGUUAUUUAUAAUACAUUAAUUAAUCUUACUUAUUCAUCAUUAUUUGGAGUUAAUUUAUAUUAUUAUUUACAAGGUGGAAAUAAUGAUUUAUUAUUAAGUGAUUGGUUAUAUCUUCGAAUUUUCGUAGGAAUUAUACUUAUUUUUACUCAAGUUUGGAUAAAUUCUUCAAUUAUAGAUCUGAUUGGUUAUUUUGGUUGGUUCUAUGGAGAUUUCUUUAUUCCAAAAUCUCAAAGUAGUCUGAUACAUUUAACUAAAGCAGGAGUUUAUCGUUAUUUAAAUAAUCCUGAACAAAUCUUUGGAGUUUGUGGAGUUAUGGGAGUUUUCAUUAUGAUUCCUUCAAUUGAAAAUUUAGUAUGUUGUGGAUUAUGGAUUCUUAAUAAUUUUUUUAGAAUUAAUUUUAUUGAAAGAGCUCAUAUGAUUAAAAUUUAUGGAGAAAAUGAAGUCUUACAAGAUUCAGGAGUUACUAAGACAUUUAAGAAACAUUUAUUACCAGAAGCUAUUCAAAGAAGAUUUAGUAAUGAUAAUGGAGAAGAAUCUAAAAAAAUCAGAAGAAAGAGUUCUUCCAUGAGUAUUACUGAAUCAUUAGAUAAUUUUAUUAAAGAAUUAAAAACUUCUUCUACUAAACUUUCAAAUCAAAAGUUAAUUGAAUUAUCUCAGAAUCUUUCAUUUGAAAAUUCCGAUUAUAAAUUAGAAAUUAAUGGAUUAAAAUCUGAUUCCAAAUCUGGAAAUAAAAGAUAUUUACCAAAGUAUACUACUGUUGGUAGUCCAAUUGAUAUUAAAUGGAAUGCUCCAAAGAAUAGUUUUUCAACUAGAGAUUGGAUUGGAGUUUAUAAGAUUGUUCAAACUGCUUAUUCUCGUAAUAAAACAUUAAUUUCUUCAUCUGGUCGUUGGACUUGGUGUACUUCCAAUAGUGGUUCAUAUACUUUUGGAGGUGAUAAAUUAUUUUGGGAAGAAGGACUUUAUGAAUUCAGAUAUCACUUAAAUGAUACCCAUGAUGUUGCAUAUAUCUCAGAACCAUUUGAAAUUAGAAUUCCAAAAGUUUCAGUACCUGUAGCUGGUAUUGAAUUAGAAAAAUUUGCAUCUAAUUUAAAAUCAGUUAUUUUUGAUAAAGUUAUUCAACUUGAUUCUAUUGAUGAAAUUAUUUCUAGUGCUGCUAAUAAAACUGAUAGUAUUUUUGAAGUUUAUCAUUUAUUAAGUAGUUUAAUCUCCAAAUCUACUGAUGUAAAGAUUAAUUCUAAAAUCUUUUUGGAUUAUGAUGAAACUGAUGGUUUAACUAUUAGAAAAUUAAGUAAGAAACUUUUUGAUAUUAGAAGAGUCUUGGAAGAAUUAUCUACCAAAGAUUCUACUUAUUAA